AACACGCCUUUAUAAUAUUCGAAGCACUCGUUGUUGCUGCAACUUGAAAAUCGAAUUAGGGUUUCAUCUUCUUCAACCUCACUCACUGUCACUGCACAAACCCAGUUUCUUCUUCUUCUUCUUCCUCCUCUUCCAUUUCCCGCCAUUUCCCGCGGUUCAUUUCUCAGAUUUUGAAUACUAGCCGUUGGAUCUGCCAUUUUCAUAUUAUUAUUUAUUUUUCCAAAAAAAACUUUGACCGUUACUCUCGCCGGAGUGAACGGGAAAUGUCUGCUUCCGAAUCGGAGAAGAAGGUUGAGGAGGAGGAAGAGAACCAGGAAGUUCUCAAAGGCGGUGAGCUCUUGUUCUGCGGUGCCACGUGUUGGGAUAUCGUUGGUCGUCGGAAGGGUCCCGUCGACGGUAACUUGGUCUCUCCCACGCGCCUCCGUCCUCUCGUUGGGAUUGAUAUUCGCUACGUCGCUGCCGGCUGCGCUUCUUGUCAUUGUGUGGCAUUGGAUGUUGAUGGGCGUUGCUAUACUUGGGGCCGUAAUGAGAAGGGGCAACUGGGUCAUGGAGAUACCAUUCAGCGUGAUAGGCCAACUGUGGUGUCUGAACUUUCCAAAUACAAAGUUGUCCAAGCUGGAGCUGGGAGGAGCCAUACAGUAGUUAUCACAGAUGAUGGGAACUCCCUGGCCUUUGGAUGGAACAAACAUGGACAGCUUGGUUCUGGCUCUGCGAAAAAUGAAGUUGAGACAUCUCCUGUUCGCUGUCUUGUGUCUGAAGUAACGUAUACUACUUGUGGGGGUGACUUCACAGUGUGGUUAUCUUCCGUUGAAGGAGCUUCUAUAUUAACUGCUGGGCUUCCACAGUACGGGCAGCUUGGGCAUGGAACAGAUAAUGAGUAUAAUUUGAAAGACAGCUCUGUGAAAUUGGUUUACGAAGCCCAACCACGUCCUCGAGCAAUAGCUUCUCUUGCUGGGGAAACCAUCGUCAAAGUUGCAUGUGGAACAAAUCACACAGUGGCGGUGGAUAAGAAUGGCUAUGUCUACACGUGGGGUUUUGGUGGUUAUGGAAGGCUAGGACAUCGGGAGCAGAAGGACGAAUGGGCCCCACGCCGUGUUGAUCUUUUCCAGAAUAGAAAUGUUUUGCCUGCUGAUGCAAUUAUUUCAGCUGGUUCUGUGAAUUCUUCAUGUACUGCAGCUGGAGGGCAGUUGUACAUGUGGGGCAAAAUAAAGAGCACCGGUGAUGACUGGAUGUAUCCUAAGCCUGUCAUGGAUUUAAGUGGUUGGAAUAUACGAUGCAUGGAUUCAGGCAGUAUGCACCAUUUUGUCGGGGCUGAUUCCUCGUGCAUAAGUUGGGGUCAUGCUCAGAAUGGUGAGCUGGGAUAUGGACCAACUGGGCAGAAGUCUUCUGCUGUACCUAAAAAGGUGGACAUACUUGAGGGUAUGCAUGUAAUAAGUGUAGCUUGUGGUAUGGGCCAUUCCAUGGUUGUUGUUGAUAGAGCAAAUGUUGCUGAUAGACUUGACCAGCUUGAUACAUAUGAUGGGAAAGCUUUUGGUGAAGUUAAUGAGAUUGUAAAGGAAAGUCCAGCGCCGAAGAAGGCUGCGAAAAAGGGUGCAAAGAAGGGAGCUGACAAUUCUAAGAAGAGGAAAAAAGCAAAAGAACCAUCUGACUCAGAGGAGGAAGAGGAAGAGGAUGCUGAAGAAAGUGACAAUAGUGAGGAUGAAGUUAAUGGUGAGGCUGAGGUAAAAAGGUCUCGUGGUGGAAAAACUUCCGGUAAAGGCCGAGGUAAGGCGCCCAAAAAGUCAGGGGCCGAGGUUAAAGGUUCUGGCAGAGGACGUGGUGGCGCUGCCGCCGCUGCAAACAAGAGUGGUUCUUCCGGUAAGAGAGGAAGACCUCGCAAGUCGUCAUGACUUAGUUUUUUGUUGGAAAUUUUGUUCUCUACACCUAGAGAAUCGCAGCAUGUAAUUCAUUGGCUAACUAUUUAAUCCAAGUUUUUAUGAAAACACGUUACAUUUGUUGAACGAUUUGGAAUGGAGAGGCAAGAAGUGCCUUUUCAUAAUAGACGUUAAUUUGCUUGUUCGGUGACUUUGUGAGUUGUUUGUUGAUGAAACUUGAGGCCCAUUAAGCUGUUUUAACUUUUAACCAAUGUGUAAUAUUAUUUUUAGUCA